GUAUUCAACGAUGAUGCCUAGAACUCAAAUUUCGGCAUAGACGGAUUUAUGAGAAGUAGAGGGGGUCAAAGAUAUAGAUUUAACAAAGGAGACCGAAAUCUGACAAGGUGGGGAGAUCGGCAAGAUCAUGACUUAGGCAGCAUCAAGAUGAAGAUUCCUCCAUUCCAAGGAAAAAAUGAUCCAGAUGUGUAUUUGGAGUGGGAAAAGAAGGUGGAAUAUGUCGUUGAUGGAGAACUGCUUGUCACUAGGCGAGCUUUGAAUGUGCAAGCCAAAAAAGAUGAUGAAGUACAACGUGACCAUAUAUUUCACACGAGGUGCCAUGUCAAAAACAAGGUAUGUAGUGUGAUUAUUGAUGGUGGUAGUUGUACUAAUGUAGCUAGCACUGUUUUGGUAGAAAAGCUUAAUUUACCGAUGAUGAAGCAUCCAAGGCCAUAUAAGCUGCAAUGGUUAAAUGAUUGUGGAGAAAUUAAGGUAAAUAAGCAAGUUCUGGUUUCAUUCUCUAUCGGACGAUAUAAGGAUGAGGUACUAUGCGACAUCGUUCCCAUGCAUGCUGGACAUUUACUUUUGGGGAAACCAUGGCAAUAUGAUAGGAGAGUAACACAUGAUGGCUUCAAAAAUCGCUAUUCAUUCAUCAUGGAAGGGAAAACAAUUACUCUUGCACCAUUGAGUCUAAGGCAGGUUUAUGAGGAUCAACUGAGAGUAAAAAAAGAGAGUGAGCUUGAGGGUACAAAAAACAAAGAGAAAACAGCAGAAAAAGAGUCCAAAAAGAAAGAAAAGAUUGAGAGUGUUGAAAACAAAGAGAGAAAAUCAGUGAGUGUUUAUGCAAAAGAAAGUGAUGUCAAGGCUACGUUCUUUGCAAACCAGCCUAUGUUUGUGCUUCUGUAUAAAGAUGCUUUUGUCAACACUAACAAACUUAAUGAUUCUUUGCCUAGUGUUGUUAAAUCUAUUUCGCAGGACUUCAAGGAUGUGUUUCCAGAUGUCGUUCCUAAUGGUUUACCACCAAUAAGAGGAAUCGAGCAUCAAAUUGACUUCAUUCCUGGUGCAACAAUUCCAAACCGACCAGCAUAUCGAAGCAAUCCCAAUGAGACGAAAGAACUUCAAAGGCAGGUCAAAGAACUCAUAAAAAAGGGACAUGUGAGAGAAAGCAUAAGUCCAUGUGCAGUUCUAGUGCUACUUGUGCCUAAGAAGGAUGGGACUUGGCGUAUGUGUCACGCCCCAGAACCCAAUUCCGGGGACGUGGCAGACACCGUGCAUUCGUGAGACGGGUCCCACAAAUGCACAAGGCUUGGAACUUAUCAUAUCACACUCUGAUACCACCAAAAUCUGAAGAUCAAAUUAUAAAAUCUCUCUGAUAUCAUAAAAUCUCCAAAUACAAGAUCAUGAUUCAUAUCUAAAAUUUAUGCCCAAUUACAAUAUGGCUAGCCUUCUAACUCGUCACUCCCCGUGGUUUCCCCAUCCUCAGUUUCACAUCCUGAAAUGGUGGACAAGGAAAAACUAUGAGAUAAACUCAGUAAGUAAAU